ACGGGGAGGGGACACAUUCAACCCUUUUGGACCACGCCCGCCCUGCCCCUGAAACCGCUUCGAUCCUUGGCGUCUGCGCGAUUUCAGGGGCAGGAGAUGCGUCGGCUGUGCGGCUGACUUUGCGUCGGCUUUGGGGCACCAUCGCCGAACGUCCGAUUCCAAAGGUGCCGCUUUUCCGACCAAACCCUAGGGCUUGGUUUCCAGCUUUUCGAUCCGCUCAUCGAGCGUGUGCGAGUGAGCUGCGAGGAGCCAGCCGGAUGGUGUGGUUUUCCGGGGUGUCAGUCAUUGGUCUUGCCGCCUUCGAUCACGUCCAGCCUGAACUUCUCGACGGUCUUGGCGUGGUUGUGGACGUUGCCGCGGAAGGCCCCUUCCGGGGUGACGGUGAUGAUCUUCACCCGGCCACGUUUCACCCGAUGGAUGGCUCCGACUUGCUCAAGCAGCUUGAGGGCAUCGGCCAUGUGGGGGGGCUUUGUCCGAGUGAUCUCGCAGAGGUCAGCUGCGGUCUUGGUGCACUCAUAGGACUGCCAGCCGAGGUUCCGGCAGAUCGUCCAGAGGAUCGACAUGGCUUCCUUGGCCUGUGCCGGGGUCUUGGCCGUCUCGAACAGCCGUUCGGUCACGGCGUCCUGAUACUGGAAAGCGAUGGACACGUUGCCCCCUCCGAAGAAGUCGAACUCGAGUUGCUGUGCGGCGCUCAAAUCCUUGGCCAGCUUUGCCGCCUGACGCGCGAUGACGGCCCGUUCCGGGCUGCUCUCCUGCAAUGCCUGCUGAUCGAGAAGCAUCGCCGCCUGGUCGUAGGUUCCCCGUUUGCGCAAGGCGCGGUCGGUGAGGCUCACGGGCGGGUUCGGGUUGUGCCGGGUACGGGGCUUGGCUGCGCCGACAAUGACGCCGAUCGACUGCACCGGGGCGCCGUUACCUGUGGGGUAACAUUAGUUACCUGUGGGGUAACUGUCAAUUCUGGAAAUUUCCAGCGUGGGUUGGCUAAAACGGCCAAAAUGCACCAACGUAUCCAUGUAUCCUAA